UGUUACACCUAGUUUCAAUAAUGGCAUCGUCACGCGGGUUUGUGAUUUGUGUUUGUGUGCUGCAGCUGGGCGUAUCGAUCAAAGGGUGGUUGAAUACGGACAUGAAUGUUGGCAUGCCGUUGCAUACCGUCGCCUCGGCUGCGGAGUCUACCAUCAACGCUGCCCAGAUGGAGCUGCAGAUGAUUGACCUGAAGCUGCACAUUGACCAGAGUCUCGAGUACCUUGCGAGCAAGUUCGAAAUCAUGCUGGAACGUGUCCUGCUCGAAACGAGCGCUUUCUGCCAACGGGAACUGAAGCACGGCAUCUCCAAACCUGAGGACGGGAUGGAAUGUGAGGACUUGCGCGACGACAUUAAAGACAUCCUCCACGGACAGCAGCAAGUGGUCGACCAGUUGGCAAACGUGUCCAGCUCGCGGGAGAUAAAGGUGGCCCGACUGGAGCACCAGCUGCGCGCCGCUGCCCACGGCGCCGAGGAGUACGAGCACAACCCGGACGGGCGCGAGAAUGGGUCGUUCUUCGUGCGGUCGGUCAGCGCCAACAACCGGCUGUACGGUGACGGAUGGCUCGUCUUCCAGCAGCGGUACGACGGUACGGUCGAUUUCUACCGCAACUGGACGGAGUAUCGCGACGGGUUCGGCGAUCUGGGCGGCGAGUUUUGGCUCGGGCUCGAGAAGCUGCACCGGCUGCUGAGCUCGGGACCGCACUACGAGCUGCUGGUCGAGCUGGAAGACUUCCAGGGUGUGACGGCGUUCGAGCAUUACAACGAUUUCCUGAUCGGCGAUGAGAGUGAAAACUAUGCGCUCAAGCAUCUGGGCCGGGGCACGGGGACGGCCGGCGAUUCGCUGGUGCUGCACAAGGGCAUGAACUUUAGCACGUACGACCACACGGCGAACGACUGUCCGUCGUACUAUCACGGUGCGUGGUGGUUUCUGCAGUGUUACGAUGCGCAUCUGAAUGGGCGCUAUCUGAUCGGGAAGCAUUCGUACCGCGGUGGUAUCAUAUGGCACACGUUCCGCGGUUCGUUCGAGUCGCUGCAGGCAACGCGAAUGAUGGUACGACCGUUGGAAAAGAUUGAUCACGGUGGAAAACACCGAAUCAUCGAAGUGUAAAACAAAAGAAGGCUCCUUAACACCAUCCAUCCACGGACUAAGCCAGCCCCUAAUUGUUGGCAUCGAAACAGUGUUUCGAAUACAGUUACCAAACAUUAACGCACAAAGCACGCAGCGAAUAUCGAAUUUUCGAUCACCAAAUUCGGUUUGAUUGGACCAAAUCAUCAUCCUACCCCUGCAUCCUUCUUGCAAACUUGGGAUCACGCUUCCUAUUCUCGAUGCACGACCAAGAGAGCGUACACGCGAGCAGCUAGAAUAAAAGAAACCGAAACCAACCGGAUGGAACGAGCCGGAACGAAGUGGAAACGGAUACGCAUAAUCUAGGCGGGACGGUAUUGUCGCGCCUUCGAGCAAGAGACCAAUACUAGGAGCAAGUCCCUACAAAAAAAAAGCCCGGAUCGUGUAGGAUUGUUUCUGCUUUCGUCACCCGGCUUUUUCCAGAAUUCCAACCGCUUCUCCUCUUGUCCCCCGCCAAAAACGCACAAAAUGGGGUUUUCACGUCUUCGGUAUAAAUGUGGAAUAUAUUGAAGAAUUGCCAGUAGCAACAGGAGCGGUGGAAUA